AUGACCAAGAUCAAAAGGAAAGAGCUAGGACUCUCAUGUAUGUUGAACACCGAGGUUGGAGCUGUUCUUGCCGUGAUUCGUCGUGCACCCGAAUCCAAUACCCAAUUCUAUCAUUCCUCAGAAGAAAACUAUGAUUCCUCAAUAUUACAAUCAUUGAAAUCUUUAAGAGGAUUGAUCUUCAAUCCUCAACAACAAUGGCGAACCAUCGACCCCUCAGUGUACCUUUCACCUUUCCUUGAUGUGAUACAAUGCGAUGAUGUCCCUGCUGCUGCCACGGGCGUGGCUCUUUCGUCCAUCCUGAAAAUCCUCAAGUUUGAGAUUUUUGAUGAGAAGACCCCGGGGGCAAGAGACGCCAUGAAUUCAGCUGUAACCGCGAUCACAGGUUGUCGUCUGGAGAAAACUGAUAGUGUUUCUGAAGACGCGGUUAUGAUGAGAAUUUUACAGGUUUUGACAGCAAUCAUGAAACAUAGUACUUCUGUUUUGCUCACAGAUCAUUCUGUUUGCACAAUUGUGAACACGUGUUUUCAAGUUGUUCAACAAUCAGCCAGUCGGGGUGAUUUGCUGCAACGCAGUGCAAGGUAUACAAUGCAUGAGCUGAUCCAGACAAUUUUUUCGCGGUUACCUGAUAUUGAGGUGAGAGACUGGGAGGAUUCAGAAUCAGAUACAGAAGAUAAUAAUUUGUAUUCCGGGUAUGGUAUCCGUUCUACAGUUGAUGUUUUUCACUUCUUGUGCUCUUUACUGAAUGUGAUGGAAGUUGUGGAGACAGAAGGGUUGACAACUCAAACUGCUGAUGAAGAUGUUCAACUUUUCGCCUUGGUAUUGAUCAAUUCUGCUAUAGAAUUGAGUGGUGACAGCAUAGGGAAGCACCCAAAACUUUUGAGGAUGGUUCAGGAUGAUCUAUUUCACCAUUUGAUCCACUACGGAACGUGUUCGAGCCCACUUGUUUUGUCAAUGAUUUGCAGUACUGUCUUGAAUAUUUAUCACUUUCUUCGCAGGUCAAUACGUCUCCAAUUGGAAGCUUUCUACUCAUUCGUGUUGUUGAGAGGGACAAGUUCAAGAAUCCCAAUUCAACUCCAAGAAGUAGCGGUUGAAGGAAUUAUAAACUUCUGUAGACAACCGACGUUCAUCAUGGAAGUCUAUGUGAAUUACGACUGUGAUCCCAUUUUCCGGAAUGUUUUUGAAGAGAUCGGAAAGUUGCUUUGCAAGCAUGCAUUUCCUACUGGUGGCCCUUUGACAAGUUUGCAAGUCCAAGCCUUUGAAGGUCUAGCAGUUAUAAUUCACAACAUUGCUGAUAAUGUUGACAAGGAGGAUGAUUCCAGCCCUUCAGGACCAUACACCAUUGAAGUAUCUGAGUAUAGACCUUUCUGGGAAGAGAAAUCAAAAGAAAACGAAGAUUUAGAGACUUGGGUUGAUUAUGUGAGAGUAAGGAAGGCUCAGAAAAGAAAAAUAUUGAUUGCUGGAAAUCAUUUUAAUCGUGAUGAAAAGAAAGGCUUGGAGUACCUGAAGAUUUCUCAAUUGAUCUCGGAUCCUCCAGAUCCAAAAGCUCAUGCUUUUUUCUUCCGUUACACUCCCAGAUUAGACAAGACCAUGAUUGGAGAUUUUCUUGGCGACCCUGAUGAUUUUCACAUUCAAGUCCUCAAAGAAUUCACAGAAACCUUUGAAUUUUCUGGGAUGAUUUUGGACACUGCUCUCCGAACCUUUCUAGAAACUUUCAGAUUGCCAGGUGAGUCACAGAAGAUUCAUAGGAUCCUUGAAGCAUUCUCAGAGAAAUUUUAUGAUCAACAAUCCUCGGAAAUUUUUGUCACCAAGGAUUCAGUGUUCAUAUUGUGCUACUCCCUCAUUAUGCUCAACACUGAUCAACACAAUCCACAAGUCAAGAAAAAGAUGACAGAAGAAGAGUUCAUCAGGAACAAUAGAGCAAUCAAUGGAGGAAAUGAUCUUCCGAGGGAGUACCUAUCCGAGCUUUUCCAUUCCAUUUCGACCAGUGCAAUAACACUAUUUGGUCAAUCUAAUACACCAGUAGGUAUGAAUCCGAACAGAUGGAUCCAGCUGAUAAAACGAGCCAAACUUAUGAAGCCUUUCAUCGUGUGUGAUUUUGAUCGUCAACUAGGAAGGGAUAUGUUUGCUGCUAUUGCUGGUCCCUCAGUUGCAACACUUGCAGCGAUAUUUGAACACACUGAUGAUGAAGAAAUACUCCAUGAAUGUAUCGAAGGGUUGUUUUCGAUAGCUAGAAUUACACAGUAUGGACUAGAGGACACUCUUGAUGAGCUCCUUGCCACAUUUUGCAAAUUCACCACACUGUUAAAUCCCUAUGCAUCUGCAGAGGAAACAUUGUAUGCUUUUAGCAAUGAUAUGAAGCCAAGAAUGGCGACUCUUGCAGUUUUCACCAUAGCAAACAGUUUUAAAGACUCAAUCCGUGGGGGUUGGAGGACCAUUGUGGAAUGCUUGUUGAAACUGAAAAGGCUAAAACUGCUUCCUCAAUCUGUUGUUGAACCAGAUAAUGCUUCCGCUUCAUCAAAUGACCUUCAACCACAUGAAAGAUCCGAAUCAGGUGUGAUUUUUCCUGAUCCCAAGUCUGGCAACAGACGCCACAACUCUGGCUUGAUUGGUCGAUUCUCACAUUUUCUUUCAAUGGAGACUGUUGAAGAAAAUUUAAAUCUAGGGGUGAGUGAAUUUGAACAGAACCUGAAAAUCAUCCAACAAUGCCAAAUUGGGAGCAUUUUCAACAAUAGUUCAAGUUUACCUGACGAUCCAUUGCUGAAUCUCGGGCGCUCUCUGAUAUUUGCUGCUGCUGGAAAAGGCCAGAAAUUCAACACAUCAGUUGAAGAAGAAGAAACAGUUGGAUUCUGUUGGGAUUUGAUACUCUCCAUUGCUUCAGCUAACAUUCACAGGUUCGCGACAUUUUGGCCUCAUUAUUUUGAGUAUUUACAUGGAGUAUCUCAGUUUCCUCUCUUCUCGCCUAUCCCAUUUGCAGAGAAGGCAAUCGGAGCCCUCAUGAAAUUUUGUCUCAAGCUCCUAGCUUCAUAUAGAUCUGACAAACUUUCAGAGGAGCUUAUAUUCAAAUCCAUAAAUUUUAUGUGGAAGCUAGAAAAGGAAAUUCUUGAUACUUGUUAUCAGUUCCUAACGCAAUCAGUGAGCAAAAUUAUCAUUGAAUACCCUGCGAAUUUGCAAACCCAACUGGGAUGGAAGUCAGUCCUCCAUUUAUUGUCAGUCACUGGGCGCCACCCGGAAACUUAUGAACAGGGAGUUGAGACCCUCACCAUGUUAAUGUCUGAUGGGGUACAUAUUUCACGGACAAAUUAUGCAUAUUGUAUUGAUUGUGCAUUUGGUUUUGUCGCGUUGAGGAACAGUCCAUUGGAAAGGAACAUGAAGAUAAUGGAUCUGAUGUCUGGUUCUGUGAAUUUAUUAGUUCAAUGGUAUAGAAAUUCAUACUCAGAUCCAGGGAGCAGCGUAAGUGUCACGAGCAACAAUAGUAGCUCCUCCAUGGAAGAUAAUUCAAAAGCUUUCGGGUUUUCCAACUUCACAGUGAACUUAUUUGUCAAGCUAGGGGAAGCACUGAGAAAAACAAGCUUAGCCAGAAGAGAAGAGCUAAGAAACCAUGCAAUAAUGUGUCUCCAGAAAAGCUUCACACUAGCUGAGGAACUAUAUUUCACACCAACUAACAUUAUAAACUGUUUUAACCUUGUGAUAUUUGCAAUGGUUGAUGAUCUACAUGAAAAGAUGCUGGAAUAUUCGAGAAGAGAGAAUGCAGAGAGGGAAACGAGAAGUAUGGAAGGGACGUUGAAGCUGUCAAUGGAGCUCUUGACAGAAGUGUAUUUGCAAUACUUGAAACUGAUAUCGGAGAGUUCUGAGUUCAGGACAUUCUGGUUAGGCAUCUUGAGAAGAAUGGAUACAUGUAUGAAGGCUGACUUAGGAGCAUAUGGUGAAUCAAAAUUGCCAAAUACAAUCCCAGAUUUGUUGAUAAAGAUUAUCAGAAGAAUGAAGGAAAAGGACAUUCUGGUGCCCAAGGAAGGAGACGACCUGUGGGAAAUUACCUACAUUCAGAUACAAUGGAUAGCUCCAUCUCUCAAGGAGGAGUUGUUUCCUGAUGUAGAGGGUAGAGGCUGGGUUGAGCUUGAGCUUGUUUUGGACCAAAAGAGCGCAUUGCAUCUGUUAACCGGAUUUGUAACCAACUCAGAUUUGAAUCUCGGACGGCUUAAACCUGGUCUAGCUGCCUCUGUUCAAGCAGUUUCAGACAGCUACAACAGAAUCACCUUUGAUGGAAGACGACUACCAAAACAAAAGUGUCUUGCUGAGUUAUACUUCUUCACACCUUUGUUUGGGUUUUUGCCAUUAUCUGCAGCCUGGAUUCCAGGUGUACUCUUGUGUGGCAUAUGCACAUGUUAUGGGUAUCGGAAACAUGACACAGGUUUUAUGGUUCGAGUCAUUGAUGAAAGCCAGGCGUCUCAUGGCAGGAAGGAGACAACCAACCCUUAUAAUGGCAUGGUUGAGUAA